GAAUGAACCCGUUUUUGUUUUCGCUGAACUUCUUCACGGGGAGGUUCCUCGUGGUUCGGGCAUGCUCAGUCAGCUUGUUUUUGUCUAAGAACCUGUAAGCAUCAAUCAUCCGAGCUCUCCAUCCACACCCAGUUAAGAUGUUUAUGAGCAGGCAGCGAUUCCUGCCAUAGGCCUUACAUAAUAAAAUCAGUAAGACCGCCCACACGAGUUAAAUGCCGACCAGGGAACAUGCACAGCUUCAGUUUUGUUUUGAAACUGAAGGAAGAACAGCUUCCUUGCACUUGAAUGCACCCUCUCGCUCUUUGUUUGACUUUACACGUCUGAAGGCGACAUAUUUUAAAGGGCUGCACUUGGGAAAAGACCAAAGAUGAUUUUCGACAAGUUGAAAAAGUUCGACAUCGUGUUUGAUUCUCCGGAGAUGGACUGUCCUCCGGUGUUCAGCAGUGGAGAUGUUGUCUCAGGGAAGGUUGUGCUCGAUCUCUCGGCGGAGAGUAAGGUCGACUCGCUGAAGUUGCAUGCAGAAGGUUUCGCUAAAGUUCACUGGACCGAGUCUCGCAGCGCUGGGUCCAGCACCGCGUACACGCAAAACUACAGCGAUGAAGUGGAGUACCUGAACCGGAGAGAAGUGCUUCUGCAGGCAGAUAAUGGCGAACUGACGGUCCUGCCUGCCGGGAGACACGAGUACCCUUUCAGUUUCCAGCUGCCAGAGGAAACUCUAGUGACAUCCUUUGAAGGGAAGCACGGCAGCAUUCGAUACUGGGUGAAGGUUAAGCUGCAUCGCCCAUGGGCCACCGUCAAGAAGAUCAAGAAAGAGUUCACGGUUAUCGAGCCCAUUGACAUCAACACACCUAGUUUACUGGCAUCUCAAGCUGGAACCAAAGAGAAGAUGGCCCGCAUCUGGUACCGCAACUGCGGACAGGUGUCAAUCACUGCGAAGAUCGACCGCAAGGGCUACACACCAGGUGAAGUGAUUCCAGUCUUCGCUGAAUUCGAUAACUCUACUUCUCGCUCCGUGAUGCCAAAAGCUUUCAUCACCCAGACGCAGACCUUCAUUGCCAGAGGCACCAUGAAGCAAAAACGAGCGGUGGUGGCCACAUUGUGCGGGGACGUAGUCGGCGCACACCGCAGGGAGACUUGGCAUGGCCGAGCCAUCAAAAUCCCCCCUGUAGGCCCAUCCAUUCUCCAGUGUCGAAUCAUCAAAGUAGAGUAUAUGCUCAGGGUGUGUGUUGACGUUCCUGGGACGUCCAAGCUUUCCCUUGAACUUCCGCUGGUGAUGGGCACCAUCCCUCUGCAUCCGUUCGGCAGUCGCACGUCUAGCUUCAGCAGCCAGUACAGCGUGAACAUGGAGUGGCUUUGCAUGGCCAUCCCCGAGCAACCUGAGCCUCCUCCAGAUUACAGCUCUGUUGUCACAGACGAGGAAGCGGUCCAGAACUCCACGGCAGGACAACCCGAGGAAGACCUCAGCGGCGUACUGCAGCGCUCCCUCAUGGCCUACGUGCAGGAGUUUAGAUUACGCCCACCUCCAGUGUACUGCGAGGUGGACCCAAACCCUCAGCCCAACAACAUGCGUCCUCGUUGCAUGACCUAUUGAACUCUCUGCCAGCUGAGCAUCACGUGAUGUUUGAAACAAAAGCCGAGAUUUAAGUUCUCCUGGAUGCCUCUCUGAGACUGAGAUUGGUACUUGUUCCUCGUUUGAGCCGUUCGCAUCUGCGCUUCCUGCAGUGGGCCGAGAGAGGAGGAGAUGUCUGGACUAGGCAAGGCAGAGCGCUUUCAACAAACAAAGAGGACAUUCAGUACCGGGGCGAACAAAGGGUUCUGCCCGCGCUUGUGUCCCAAAGAGCGAUCAGACUCUGUUCUGUGCCUUUAACGAAUUGUGGCCUGUCGCACUUGUAUGUAGAAUCUGGGAAUUUUGGGCAUGAUCACUAGAGAAUU